CUAACGUUAUUAACAACAUGGAUCAGACGAAGAAACCUUUGCGAAUUCCUCCCCAGUUCGGUACAUAUGCCGAAAAGCAUGGACUUUUUGAACUAUACAAGAGGCUGCUAGAAGGCGUGAUCAUUGCAAAACCUCAGGAUCCUUUGGAAUUCCUUCUGGAAGAGCUGAAAAAAGAAAACAAUGAUGUUCCAGCGAUCAUUAUCCACGGUCCCCCAGCCUCAGGAAAGACGACCAUUGCUCGUAUGGUGUGUGCCAAGCUACGCAGUGCAUACAUCAGUCAGGAUACACUACUAGCUGAUGAUGUCUCAUCACUGGCUGCAAGGGCUAAAGAACACCUCAAGAACAAUGAGGUCAUUCCAACCAGCCUGUGGGUGGAGUUGCUGUCCACCAGACUGAAGCUGUUUGAUUGCAUCAGGAAAGGUUGGGUACUAGACGGGUUCCCACAGACCAGGGAGCAAGCAUUGGCCCUACAGGAGGUGGGCAUUGGACCUAAACACUUUGUUGUUUUGGAGGCACCAGACACCGUUCUGAUUGAGAGACAGAUGGGCAAGAGAGUAGACCCAGAAACAGGAGAUGUAUACCAUACCACCUUUGACUACCCAGCAGGCAGUGAGAUAGAGCGUCGUCUGAUAGAACCUGCUGAGGGUUGUGGUGAGGAAGCCACGGUGACCCGCUUGGUGGUGUAUCACCGCCAUGCCCACGGCCUGCAAAGCUGCAAUAACAAGGGCUAUAAAGCCAUCAAUGCUGACCAACCUAAGGCUGAUGUGUUCUCCCAAGUGAUGACAAAUCUGAGCAGCCAGAAACGUUCCCUAGCGCCCCACACACCGCGCAUUGUCCUGCUGGGGCCUACAGGCAGUGGUAAGAGUGUACAGGCAGCGCUGGUAGCCAGCAAGUACAACAUUGUCAAUGUGUCUUCUGGGCAGCUAGUGAGUGAGGCAAUCACUAAUGAAUCCAAGAUUGGUGAGGCAAUUAAACCAUAUGUGGACAGAAAUAUGCUAGUGCCAGACAACCUGAUGAUCAAGAUACUGGAUGAGCGAUUGGCCCAACUGGACUGUGUGACCAGGGGUUGGGUGCUGCGUGGAUUCCCUAGGACAAGGGAACAAGCUGAGAACCUGUCUAAGAUUGGUCAUGAACCAAACAGGGUGUUUUUCCUGGACGUUCCCAAUGACUCGGUCUAUGAGCGCUUGACACUACGCUCCCUUGACGUGGUGACAGGUGAUCAGUACCACGCCCUCUAUAACCCACCACGCACCAAUAGAAUCAAAGACCGCUCUGUCCAGCACCCAAAGGACGCAGAGGAAAUCGUUCGCAACCGCCUGUCCCAGUACUAUGCCUAUGCCGAGGAGAUUGCAGACUUCUAUGAGGAUGCACAUCAUAUCAAUGCUGACCAGGAUCCACACACAGUGUUUGAGUGCGUGGAGAGUAUGCUGGUCAAUCCAUUGCCCAAGCGACUGGUACAGCAGGAGUAAAAUAAUUGGGAUCAGCUGCAAAUUUGUGGUGUUGGGGGAUUUGCAGAAAGUUUGAGUUGAUGAGCGAUACCGUUUGACAUUAUGAAGGAUUCACAAUAGAGUGUAUGUCACCAUGCGUUUGCCUGGAAGAGGCCAAGUACUAUUCACUUAUACAGUCAACAUACUAUCCUGCAUACCGCACAAUCACAAAUGCAUUUGGAAGCUCCAUAAAUAGACCAACAAUUGUUGUUCAAACAAAAUUCCCUAUUUAAAGGUCCCCAGAGUGUAAAACUACCAUGCUGUAGUGCAAAAGGAGUUCCCCCUUGGAGUGUAAUGUCAUUUUUUCCCCCAAUAAUGCACUCCAUGGUAACCUCUUAGUGACACACUGUAUUGUGAAUCUUAUUUGCUGUGUCUCAAGGUAGUCAUUUUGUAUUGAUAAAUAUGUAACAUGAUUCAUGAAUGUAUAAGUUUAUUUUAUGACCACAAUAAGAAACAACCGCCAUGGUAGCUUGUGAACAUCACACCUUCAAUUUGAUACCUACAUGCAUUUCAGCUUCCCUAUGGGCUCCGUGCGCCAACAAAAAGGGCGUGUUUUUAGCCACUUUUUGAGAGUUGUGUACUGGUUCUUUUAAGUACUGGACUUAUUUAUCCUGCAUGUGCCGAAGCUAAGCCACAGCGUCUUCAUGUGAGCGUCAGGCGUCGUCGGUGCGCAAAUGCGUUCAAAUUUCCUUUUGGAUGGUCUCCCAGACUAAUCCCCGCCCCCCAUAACUAUGGAUACAUUUGAAGUCUGCAGUGGAUGGACCGGGAACUCAUCUAGGUCUCCCCUGACUCUCCUUUUCUGGUCGUUGAAGGGGUACUUGUGCAUGGAGCCCAUUGGGGUGAGGGAGUGUUCAAGUAUGAUAGAAUUACCAGUUAAGUCUUUUGCCUGAUUUAAUACAAUGCUGGAGAGCAGCUGUAGUGUUGACCAUUGCUUAAUAGUCUGCCUACAUGUUUAUACCACAGCCAAAGGUUCUAAAUAAUGUUCUGAAUAACCGUUGGGCUCCCACUCAGGGUCCAAUACAAUGACACUGCUUUGAUAUGCCAUGUAUGUAUGUAAAUGCAGUGUCAACUGCAACUGGAAACAUUGUCAUUUUCAGUGUACCUUUGGUACAUGUAGUUGAUGAAAAUGACACACAAACCCAAAGUGAAAGCACUGAUUGUGCAAACAUUUUCUUCUCCUUUCACUGUCUCUUUAUACAGUAUAUUUGGUUCGUAUGGUUUUGUUUUGACUUGAUUAAGACAUUGCUUAAGCAUUAAAGUGCUGUUGUGAGGCUAGUUAUUGCUUGCUUAUCAUUGAUAAGUACAAAUCUUGCUAAAUGAGGGGGGAAAAUGUGCUUGGCACGCCUGUUAAGUGCUGAAAAAAUAAUUGAGCUGACCUUAAUUUUCAUCACCGGACCAAUAAUAUUGCUUGAUCGGUAAGAAAUUAUCAAUAAGCAAAUAUGGCUCAGAGUAAGUAUAAAACCAACUUAACAACCAUGAUUUAGUUAAGCACUUGCUAUGGAACUGCAGAUAUUUCAAGACAUUUUGUCAUUAAUCAAGCCGAUGACACAAUCCAAAAACCAAUUCCUCUUAAAUCGCUUUCAUUAAUUACAGGCAUGCAACUGGGACUUUAGAAAAAAACGAGGACAUUCCAAACCACACCAGACUUUGUACAGUGUUUUUCAGUUUGUAAUGGCAUUCAUGAGAAGUGAAAAACAAGGAAAUCAGUGGAUCCGAGGAAAGUUGCACGCCUGUUAUUAGUGAAUGCAAAUUACUAGACAUUGACAAUAUAUAUCUUAUAUUUAUUUUAGUAAAUAGAUAUAUACUUUUGUUUUUUUGAGGUAGGACAUCGACAUUUAACAUAAAGCAACUUGCACUAGCGGCAAGAAAUAAUACAAGUUUCAGCAGUAGUUAGCUAUGACUAUUCUGCAACGAGUUAACCACCAAAAAGGCCUAGCAUCCACCGACUAUUCACUAUUCUUCAGUUUGCUCUCUGGACUUUUUAACAGUUUGUAAAUAGUGUACAUAAAAACAUACUCUCCGUCCAAAUUAGAAUUCCAUUUGAAUGUUAUUUUAGUUUCUGUUAACAGGAUCUAAUGUUUGAAUUUCAGUUCGAAACUGUAAAGUAAAUGAAAUGAAUAAAAUGAUUCAACUGAAAAUAUGACCAUGUGUCCCUUAA